CACCUAAUUUCCUCCUGGCUUUUGAACUUGCCGUCACUCCUUUUGCUCCUUCCGUACGCCUUCGCAGCUGUCGUCACCACUGUCGAUGCCUAUUCCAUCGCAGGCGGACACAUAGGUAGUGUACUCUCUCCCUCUACCAGAGAGAGGUACCUCCACCCCUUCGCCAACCACACCUGAACGAACCUUCAGCCAUCGCACCUCGAGAACGCUGCUCACAGCGCCCAGCCGCCGCCAUGGCCUUUAUGCGGCAGACUGGCACGCUCAUACGCAAGAACUUCACCAUAUUGCUGCGCCAUCCCUUCACCUUCGUCUCUAUCCCCUUCGUCCUGCCCAUCUUCCUGGCCGUUUGGUUUGGCGUUGCCCAGAACCUCUUCCGGCCCCCCGUCACCUACGGCACCGGUGAUCCCAAUGCCAUCCGUUCCCUGGCUGAAGCUCUUGAAGGCGCCGGAAACCGGAACCGUGUCGUGUUCGUCAAUGGCGGCUACGAGAAUGGGCCCAUUGAUAGCGUGAUCGAUUCCCUGACGACCAGCGCCCAAGCGGCUGACGGCAUCGAAGUCUUGCGCCGUUCCGAUGACAGCUCUCUCAACAUUGACUGCGAGCCUGGACAGAGGGCCGUCACCGACUGCUUUGGCGCAGUCUCAUUUUACUCGUCGCCCUCCGAAGGUGGAAGCUCUGGGGACGGAAGCUUGUGGAACUACACCAUUUUCCUCGAUGGUGCCAUCCAUGGCCUCAACAUUCACGUCGACCGCAACAACAACGACGUCGACAAGUUCCUGCUGCCUCUCCAGAGAGCUGUUGAUGCCGCCAUUGCCAAUGUGACGGCCUCCAAUGCUUCCGACUCGAGCGGCCCUCAGCCGGCCGAGCUGCCUGCGACCAUCGACCGCCUCCCCUUCACCAGCUUGACCGAGGACGAGUACGAGAAGCAGGUGCGCGAAGACUAUCAAUCCAGCAUCAUCAACUUCCUCGCCGUCGCCUACCUCACCACUGUCAUGUUUGUCAUCUAUCACAUGACGGGCUUCAUCGCCACCGAGCGCGAGUCCGGCAUGACCCAGCUCAUCGACGCCAUGAUGCCCAUCCGCCGCCGCUGGGUCGCCCAGCUCGCCCGCGUCAUCUCGUACCACGUCGCCUUUUCUCUACUGUACCUGCCCGGCUGGGUCAUCGGCUCCAUCGUUCUGCGCGCCAACAUCUGGUCCAACACCAGCAUCGGUGUCGUCCUCGUGUAUUAUGUUCUCGCAGGCCUAGCUAUGGCCUCCGCCGCCAUCCUCGUCUCCUCCUUCUUCCAGAAAGCCCAGCUGAGUGGCGUCACGGCCCUGCUAGCCACCGUCCUCCUCGGUAUCCUGGCACAGGCACUGACCGACCCAGGCACCGGCGUCGUCGCCGUUCUGUCGCUCCUCUUCACCCCCUGCAACGUCGUCUUCUUCCUCAUCACCAUGGCUCGCUGGGAGAGAGAGCGCAUGGCCACGAAGCUGACCGAGGUGGCCCCCAACAGUUCCUUUGAGCUGCCAGCCAUUGUCUUUUGGAUUUUCCUCAUCAUUCAGAUUGUCGUCUACCCUCUGCUCGGAAUCCUCAUUGAGGGUCGUCUGUUCGGUACGAGCGCCAAGGGCCGCACUGUUCUCUAUGAUCAGCCCACCGACGGCGCGCACAAUGGCCCGGCCGUGCGCCUCGAUGGCUUCAGCAAGCACUAUCCACCAUCUGCCUUCCAGCGCCUCAUGUCCGUCUUUGGAAAGCCGCGCGAGACUGUCAAGGCCGUCGACGGGUUGACUCUGGAUGCUCCGCGAGGCAUGAUCCUCUGCCUUCUGGGCAGCAACGGAAGUGGCAAGUCGACGACGCUCGACUCGAUCGCCGGCACCAAUAGGCUCACCAGCGGAUCCAUCACGAUUGACGGCACCGGAGGCUUGGGCAUUGCGCCCCAGAAGAACGUGCUGUGGGACGAGCUGACCGUCGAGGAGCACCUCAAGAUCUUCAACCGUCUCAAGGCCCCCGGCCAGACGGCUUCCAAGCAGGAGAUACGCGACCUCGUGCAGGCCAUUGACCUCAGUCCCAAGAGGAAAGCAUUCUCCAAGACACUCUCGGGCGGCCAGAAGCGCAAGCUGCAGCUCGGCAUGAUGCUGACAGGAGGAAGCGCCGUCUGUUGCGUCGACGAGGUCAGCAGUGGGCUCGAUCCCCUCAGUCGUCGCAAAAUCUGGGACAUUCUCUUGGCUGAGCGUGGCCGACGCACCAUCAUCCUUACGACCCACUUCCUUGACGAGGCUGAUCUCCUUGCUGACCACAUUGCUGUUCUUUCCAAGGGAACCCUGCGUGCCAGCGGUUCGUCUGUUGAACUGAAGAACACGCUCGGUGCCGGCUACCGCGUUCACGUUCCCAAGGAUACAGGUAUCACGGAUGCGCCUGAGAUCGAGGGUGUCCAGAAGAAGGAUUCCUUUGAUUUCAUCACCUACGUCGCUCCCUCGUCGGCUUUGGCUGCGCAGGUCAUUCGCACGUUGGAAGCCCGCGACAUCAAAGGAUACAAUUUCUCCGGUCCCACCAUCGAGGAUGUCUUCCUGCAGCUUGCAGAAGAGACGCGAGACCAGGCCGAAGCCGUCGCCGGAGACGAUCCUGCAAACCAUAGCGAAAAGACGUUAUCCGGUGCUGUUACGCCUCCGUCCCGCGGACACCAAAAGCCAGGCCUCUCAUUGAUGAGUGGCAGGCGGAUCGGCUACGUCCGCCAGUCCAUGGUACUCUUCCGAAAGCGCUGUACCAUUUUCAAGACGAAUUGGCUCCCGUACGUGGCCGCCUUUAUCAUCCCUAUCAUUGCUGCUGGGCUGGUGACCAUCUUCAUUCGCGACGCGGACCCCAGCUCCUGCGCUCCUCCCGAUGACAACUUCAGUGCAGGGGCCGAGGGCCUGGACUUGAGCGACGCUGGUUUCGGUUUCGUCAUUGGACCUGGCGACAAGUGGAAUGAAGGCGUAGCUGCCCAGGUGCUUGGGCCGGCCUUCCUCGGAGCUGCUGGAGGCAGUGGUAACAACGGUGGAGGGAGCGAUCAGGCUUUGGAUGUCUUGCGACAAAUCCUCGAGCGCAACACGACCGUCGUGGAUUCCUUCCAGGAGUUCACCGACGCCAUUGAUGAACGUCGCGCCGAUAUCAAGCCUGCGGGCUUGUGGCUUGGAGACGACAGCAACGCCCCAACGCUCGCCUACCUCGGCAACAGGGGCGGCCUGAUCAACUCGCUUCUUGGUCAGAACAUCCUAGACAUGCUGCUCAGCAAUGUCACCGUGUCCACUCGCUACGCCCCUCUCGAGAUCUCGUGGGCCGACCAGAACACCCAAUCGCUGCAGCUCUUUGUCUACAUUGCCCUCGCGCUAUGCCUCUAUCCCGCCUUCUUCGCCUUGUACCCAAGCCUGGAGAGGCACAGACAUGUCCGCGGCCUGGAAUACUCCAACGGUGUGCGACCCCUGCCCCUGUGGAUGGCGUACAUCGCCUUUGACUUCUCCAUUGUCCUCGUUGCGUCAGCCAUCAUGGUUGCCGCCUGGGCUGCGGUGUCUGACAUUUGGUACCAUAUUGGCUUCAUCUACCUGAUCUUUAUCUUGUACGGGUUGGCUUCGAUUCUGCUGGCAUACGUCAUCUCGCUUGUGAGCAAGACCCAGCUGGCUGCUUUCGCGACAACGGCGAUGCUCCAGGCCGGCAUAUUCCUGGUGUAUAUCAUCGCCUAUUUCUUCAGCUUCACGGCUGCUCCUAUCGAGCGCGUCGACGAUACUCUUCGGCUCGUGCAUUUCAUCGUCUCGAUAUUUGCGCCCAUCGGCUCGGUAGCGCGGUCGCUUCUCCUUGCUCUCAACCUCUUUUCGACUGCCUGCGACGGUGAUGUCGUUGCCUCGAAUCCGGGUGGCAUGCUCCAAUAUGGCGGGCCCAUCUUGUAUCUCAUCCUGCAAUCGAUCGUCCUGUUCGGCGUGCUGCUCUGGGGCGACAGCGGGUCACCGGGCUCGAGCAUCGCAGGCCUGUUCCGGAAGAAGGCCAAGGAGCAGAACGCCGCCGAGGCCACAGACGAGGAAGUGGCAAAGGAACUGACCCGUGUCACGAGCACGCAGAACGGCGACGACGGACUCAAGGUCACGCACGUUACCAAGUCGUUUGGCAAGAACACGGCUGUGGACAAUGUGACGUUCGGCAUCAAGCGCGGCGAGGUGUUUGCCUGCCUGGGCCCGAACGGCGCAGGUAAAAGUACCCUGAUCUCGUUGAUUCGCGGCGAUCUCAAGCCCAGCCAUAACGGCGGCGACAUCUUCAUCGAGGACAAGUCGGUCAUUUCCAACCUUGCGGCCGCCCGAGGCAGCAUCGGCGUCUGCCCUCAACACGAUGCGCUGGACCAGAUGACUAUCAGGGAGCACCUCGAGUUCUACGCCCGCAUCCGUGGCAUCCCCGAGAUUGACGUCAAUGUCAACGCCGUCAUCGAUGCAGUCGGUUUGCGCGCCUUUUCAGAUCGCCAGGCGCACGCGCUCUCCGGGGGCAACAAGCGCAAGCUGAGUCUGGGCAUCGCCCUCAUGGGCAAUCCUACCGUGGUGCUGCUCGAUGAACCAUCGUCCGGCCUUGAUGCGGCAGCCAAGCGCAUCAUGUGGAAGACGCUGGCCGCCACCGUUCCUGGUCGGUCCAUCCUCCUGACGACCCACAGCAUGGAGGAGGCCGGCGCUCUGGCCGGCCGCGCCGGAAUCUUGGCGAAGCGAAUGCUGGCACUGGGCACGCCGGAAAACCUACGCCGCCGCUUCGGCGACGCGCUGCACGUGCAUCUCAUCAGCAAGAGCGCGCCUCACACGUCACCCGAGGAGACGGAACGGGUCCGGCAGUGGGUGGAGUCGCGCUUCCCUGGUGCCGAAUUUGACAAGACGUAUCACGGGCAGAUGCGAUUCGCCGUGCCGGCAAGCGAGGCUGUCGCUAUGUUCGGAGAGCGGCAUAGGGACCAGCAGCAGAUCUCGCGUUCGAGCGAGGAUGUCGAAGACAGCGCCGUGGGGCAGCUGGUGGUCAUGCUCGAGGAGAUGAAGGAGGAGCUGGGCAUCAUGCACUUCAGCGUCACGCCCACGACGUUGGACCAGGUCUUCCUGACGAUUGUGGGAAACCAUAACAUCCAGGAGGAGGGAUACAAGCAGGAGGAGAAGAAGAAGGACUGGAAGUACUGGCUGCGGGUGCUGUGCUGCUGGCCGAGGCGGUAG